GACAAUCAUGUAGGAUCAGGAAUGUGUGCAUGAGUAGUCCAGUGUAGCAUCUGCUGUCCCGGUGUGAAGUCCAACUAGUGCACUCAGGAGUGGGACAGCUGUGCCUCACACACAGCUCAGCUUCAGAGUAACGGAGCAGGGAACUGAUGUUUUUUUUUUUUUUUUUUUUUUUUUUUUUUAGCAGGGAACUGAUGGCAAGAGUCUAAUAUUGUGAGGUUUGCAUACAUUCCAGCAAACCUCUAUUUCUUGGUGAUUGAAAGAAUUGUUUUUAUAUCUAUUUUUUGUGCUAUUUUAUUGUUGAAUGUAAUGCUACUUGUUUACAUCCUCUUUUAAAAAAUAUACUAAUAAAGGUAUUUUAGACGCUUUAGUUUUGCAUGAAAUUGACGUCAUCACAUAACAUACGUUAUCGACUGUGGCCUGCGUCUCAACUUGAGUGUCAGGUACAUGCAAUGUUACUGUUGUUCACGAAAGAGUGAAAAUAAUAUUAAAUAUUGGAAGUGGGUUGGCUUCACCGCUGGGAAAUUAAUAUCCCCGUGUUUUAUUGUCGAUAGUGUCAUGAAUAUUCAGAGUUUUAAUAACGAGCUGUGUGAUGUUUAUUGUUGUCGCCCCCGCCAGACUUAAAACGCGUGCUUUUUGUAGUAAUAUGUGGAAAUCACACUUUUUAAUCACAAUAGAUAUUUAUUGAGUUUUGUUUUUUUCAUUAGUAAACUGUACUUGACAUAUGUGCUUGUAAUGAUGGGUCAACAGAAUGGGGAUCCAUUUGCAGCUUUUAUUAAGAAUAGUAUAUACACAGGUAUGGGCAGAGGCAGAGACGUAAACGGGGACAGGCAAUGGUCGAGGCAGGCGGCAGACAAAUGGUAUCAGGAAGCAGGCAGAGAUCAGGGCAGGCAGCAAACAAACACAGUCCAGUAACCAGGCAAGGAUCAAGGCAGGCAGCAGAGAAUCACAGGAGAUAAACAGUCCAAUCGGCAACAGUAUAAACAAUCCACAGAAACCGCUUAGAAAUGAUCACCAGGGCAAAUCAAGACUUCGCAAUGAGGUUGUGUGUGUGUAAGUCCUUUAUAGUCCAGGUAGUGUGCUAAGCUGUAUGUGGCAACUGGUGAUUGGUGUGGAGUGUGCAUGUGAUUGGCAAGGAGGAUUAUGGGAAAUGGAGUCCAGGAACUGACAGGAACAGACAGUGAUCGUGACAUAACGCCCCCCUUCCGGAAGGCGCGUCCUCGCGGCGUAAAUGGCACAGAUAGGGAGGGGGGGUGGGUACAUUGGAGACCUGUUGGCAGACGGGAACGGGGUCUCCAAUGCAGGUCCAGGAACUCGGGCAGCCACGGCGGGUCAGGUGCCACGGGCAGCCACGGCGGGUCAGGUGCCACGGGCAGCCACGGCGGGUCAGGUGCCACGGGCAGCCACGGCGGGUCAGGUGCCACGGGCAGCCACGGCGGGUCAGGUGCCACGGGCAGCCACGGCGGGUCAGGUGCCACGGGCAGCCACGGCAGGUCAGGGUCCGUAGCUGGCCACAGCAGUUCACAGGCGGUUGAAGGCCGUGGGCGUGUAAGGUCCCCACCCGCAAGCUCAAGCAAUUCGGAGGCCGCUGAUGAUCGCGGCCGUGCAGGGUCCCCACCCACAAGCUCCCCACCCUCAGGUAUAUGGCCCCCCCCAAAAAAGUUCUUGGGGAAUUCAACGGAGGCCGUGGCGGUUUCGUGGGUAAGGAGCUCGGGUGGCGCCGGCAGGGCGAGGAGCUCGGGUGGCGCCGGCAGGGCGAGGAGCUCGGGUGGCGCCGGCAGGGCGAGGAGCUCGGGUGGCGCCGGCAGGGCGAGGAGCUCGGGUGGCGCCGGCAGGGCGAGGAGCUCGGUUGGCGCCGGCAGGGCGAGGAGCUCGGUGCCGGCCUCCGUGGCUGUAUCAGGAAGAGCGGAUUGCUCUGGGACGGCAGCGGACUGCUCUGGAACGGCAGCGGGCUGCUCUGGGACGGCAGCGGGCUGCUCUGGGACGGCAGCGGACUGCUCUGGGACGGCAGCGGACUGCUCUGGGACGGCAGCGGACUGCUCUGGGACGGCAGCGGGCUGCUCUGGGACGGCCUCCGGGCCUACAGCGGGCUCUGGGAAGGCCUCCGGGCCUUGAGGGCUGGAGGAAGCCUUCUUCCUCCUCCUCCUCCGUUUGAAUGGUUGAGGCGGUGGCUCUGUGCCUACCUCCUCGGUGGGCGCUGCAGCGGGCUCACGGGGUGGAGCGGACUCACUGGCUGGGACGACCCCUAUGUUCCCAGACACUGGCGGGGCGGCCAUCUUGCCCGUGGGCACUGGCAAAGCAGCCAUCUUGUCCAUAGCAUCCCGAGAGUUUGAGUGCGUCGCAACCGGCGAGCUUGAGUGCGUCGCAACCGGCGAGCUUGAGGGCGUCGCAACCGGCGAGCUUGAGGGCGUCGCAACCGGCGAGCUUGAGGGCGUCGCAACCGGCGAGCUUGAGGGCGUAGCAACCGGCGAGCUUGAGGGCGUUGCAACCGACGAGCUUGAGGGCGUAGCGGCCAGCGGGCUUGAGUGCGAAGCGGCCGGCGGAGGCUUAGGAAUGCCAGCCGCUCGUGCUGAAGUCAGCGGUGGAUCAGCCACACUGGAACGCAACCCACCCUGCUCCCAAACAGAUCCAGAGACGUAACGUGACUCUAGAAGAACAGCGGGGACAUGACGUUGUUCUGGAAGAUCAGAGGAGACGUGACUUGGCUCACGGAGGUCAACUGUGACUUGACUUGGUUCAGGAUAAUCAGCGCUGACUUGACUUGGUGUUGUUAUUAUGGUGGCCGCCAUUUUGUGAGCGUCAUCUGGCGCGGCGGCCAUUACGUGAAUGGAUGAAGUGUCGCAUUUCUCCACGACACCCACAGUAAAUGGAGAGCCAACAGUCAAUAAAGCAUAAUCCAAAAACAGACUUAAAGAUGAACGGGGUCCCUCACGAAUGAGUUGUUUUUUAAGUGGCUGAUUGAUGCCCUCACAGAAAAAGUCUAUGAGCACGCAGUCCGGCAGAUCUGACCAAUAAGCAAUGUUCAAAUAUUCUGUGAUAUAAUCCUCUAUCGAUCGUGUGCCCUGCGUGAGUCCUAAUAACAAUUGUGCGAUGUUCCUACCGGGCCAUUGUUCUUCAGGAAAGCCGCUGGAUCCAUGUGUUGGCGAAGUCUUCUGUAAUGAUGGGUCAACAGAAUGGGGAUCCAUUUGCAGCUUUUAUUAAGAAUAGUAUAUACACAGGUAUGGGCAGAGGCAGAGACGUAAACGGGGACAGGCAAUGGUCGAGGCAGGCGGCAGACAAAUGGUAUCAGGAAGCAGGCAGAGAUCAGGGCAGGCAGCAAACAAACACAGUCCAGUAACCAGGCAAGGAUCAAGGCAGGCAGCAGAGAAUCACAGGAGAUAAACAGUCCAAUCGGCAACAGUAUAAACAAUCCACAGAAACCGCUUAGAAAUGAUCACCAGGGCAAAUCAAGACUUCGCAAUGAGGUUGUGUGUGUGUAAGUCCUUUAUAGUCCAGGUAGUGUGCUAAGCUGUAUGUGGCAACUGGUGAUUGGUGUGGAGUGUGCAUGUGAUUGGCAAGGAGGAUUAUGGGAAAUGGAGUCCAGGAACUGACAGGAACAGACAGUGAU